AUGUUUAGAGACUUUAGAUUCUUUAUUUUCAAAAAAGGUAUUGGGAGUAUACAAUUGAAUAUCAUCACUAAAAAGAUCAUUGAGAACAAUGGUAUAAUACAUCAAUCACCAUCUUUAGAAACUACACACUUUAUCAUAUCAGAAAACGAAUCAAUUUUACUGAUACCUGAUGAUCUUAAAGAUAAAAUAUCAAUUAGAAAUAUAAGAGUAUAUACACUAGAUUGGAUUACUCAAUCUAUAUUGAAUAAAAAGAAGAUCGUUGAUGAUAUCAUAUAUCAAAGACCAUUCAGAUUUAGAUCAUCUUUAAACGAUGAUAUUCUAAUAAAAGAAAAUAAUAGUAAUAUUAAUGUAAAUAAUAAUAAUAAUAAUAAAAGAUCUUUAAAUAAUGUAAAUAAUAACCAAAGAGAAAAGAAAUGUAAAUUUAAUGAUAGUAAUAAUAAUAUUAAUAGCAAUCAAAAUAACAUAUCAUGGCUAUCAUAUGAUUCUGAUGAGGAUUUGGAUGUUAGUUUGAAUUAUAAUAUUAAUUUAAGUUUUAAUAAUAAUAAUAUAAAUAGUCAUAUUAAUAAUAAUGAUAAAGAAAAAGAUAUAGAAAUUAGUUUAUCAGAAACUUUUAUGUUUGAUGACAGCACAGAUAAAUCGAUUUGGUUUAAUUAUAACUCUGAUUCUUCAGACUCUGAUAACAAUGAAGAUCAUAAAAAUAGUAAUAAUAAAUCAUUAAUAUUCGACAGUCCAUUCUCAUCACAACUUCCGUUGGCACUCUCACCAAUUAAAUUAAAAAACAAUGAUCAUAGCAAUAAUAAUAAUGAUAGUCCAAUCAAAUCACUAGUUAAAAAUUCAAAUUAUAAGAAUUUUGUUUGUCAAUCAACAAAAAUUAAUUAUAAUGAACAUUUAACGAGUGUUUUGGUGAAGCUACAAACAAAAGCAGAGGCAGACGGUGACAACUGGCGACAAUAUGCAUAUAAAAGAGCAAUUGGUAUUUUGAGAAAUCUCACAUUCAAGGUGACCUCUGAUAAACAGGUUGGUCACAUCAAAGGCAUCGGUUCAAAGAUCAGUGAUAAAAUUAAGGAGAUACUACUGACUGGAACUCUAAAGAAAGUGGAAAUGGUGCAAUCCGAUGCACAUACCAUUGCUUCGGAACAACUCUCAAAGAUACAUGGCACAGGUCCAGAGACUGUAAAACGAUGGUUGGCCAAAGGGAUCAAUUCCAUUCAGAAACUACAGGUGAUUGCCAACAACGAUCCAAGCUUUCUUACCAAUCAGCAACAGAUUGGACUAAAGUAUUACAAUGACUUUCAACACCGUAUCCCAAGAGAAGAAGUUCAAGACAUUGCAAACAUCGUACAGCUCGUAGCAAAUGAAAUAGAUCAAAAGAUAAUCAUGCAGGUUUGUGGAUCGUUCAGAAGAAACAAGUCGACUUGCGGUGAUAUCGAUAUCCUAUUUACACAUUCUAAAGGUGAACUACUAACUGGAUUCCUAGGUAGAUUGGUACAGAAACUUGUUGAUUGUAAAUUACUUACCGAUCAUCUUACAAAUCUAAAUACGAAUAGUGAUAAAUAUAUGGGAGUAUGUAGACUUGAUGAAAAUAGUAGACACAGAAGAAUUGAUUUUCAAUCGAUUGUAAGAGAGGAGUGGCCAUUUGCUUUAUUAUAUUUCACUGGCUCCGAUCACUUUAAUCGAUCAAUGAGACUGUGGGCAAGAAAGAAUGGAUUCUCAUUGAGCGAAUCACACUUGGUCAGACGUUGGGGUACUGCUCAAGAUGAAAUCAAAGGUGAACCGAUUCCUGCUGCGAAUGAACGAGAUAUAUUUCAACUUUUAGGAUUAGAAUAUAAAGAGCCUCAUCAAAGAGAAAUAUAA